UCUUAACACCGGAGCUCUGAAUUAGGAGCAAUACAGCACCGAUCUCGUUGCAAUGCGCCUAGCCUGUCCUACCUUGCGUAUAAAAUAGUUGUUGCGUUCUUCUUGAAACAUCAGCAAAGGCUACCUGGUCACCUUCAUUCACACAUGUCAGCUGCGCGCGCCAUCCCUUGAAGCUUCGACCUUCCCCAUGACAAAGCAAUCUUGCACGUAGCCACGUACGUAGGUAGCGGACUACCGACCCCUCCAUAUAUUCUCUCGCCCUUCGUCUUCCCCGCCUCAACCACCGCAGGCGAACCAACGUCGCCGUGAGCUGGGUGAGGAUGAUGAGUCGUUCUUCUCUCCUCACGGCGUGGCUGCUGGUUCUCGGCUUGGUCUGCCAUUGCGCGCUGCACCAUGUGGCGGCGGCGGCCGUGACGCUGUCGACGGCGUCGCGGUGGAUCGUGGACGAGGGCGGGAACCGGGUGAAGCUGACGUGCGUGAACUGGCCGUCGCACCUGGAGCCGAUGCUGGCGGAGGGCCUGAACAAGCGCCCCGUCGGUGCCAUCGCCGCCGACGUCGCUGCCAUGGGGUUCAACUGCGUCAGGCUCACCUGGCCGACCUUCAUGGUGACCAACGCCUCCUACUCGUCCCUCACCGUCGAGCAGUCCUUCCAGCGGCUCAACCUCACCGACUCGCUCGCCGGCGUCAGGGCGAACAACCCCGACGUCGUCGACAUGAAGCUCAUCGACGCGUUCAAGUCCGUGGUGAGCAGCCUUGGCGACAACAACUUGAUGGUGAUACUGGACAACCACGUGAGCAAGCCGGGGUGGUGCUGCUCGCCGAGCGACGGCAACGGGUUCUUCGGCGACGGCAACUUCGAGCCGGACGUGUGGGUGGACGGCCUCACCAGGAUGGCCACCUUGUUCUCCGGCGUCCCCAACGUCGUCGGCAUGAGCCUCAGGAACGAGCUCAGAGGCCCCAGGCAGAACUCCAACGACUGGUAUAAGUACAUGCAGCGCGGCGCUGAGGCGGUGCACGCGGCGAACCCGCGGGUGCUGGUCAUCCUCUCCGGCCUGAGCUUCGACAACGACCUGGCCUUCCUGGCCUCGCGGCAGGUGACCCUCAGCUUCGCGCGGAAGGCCGCGUUCGAGGUGCACUGGUACAGCUUCUCCAACGGCCAGGAGUGGGCGGCGGGGAACCCCAACGAGGUGUGCGCCCGCAUCGGCGCCAGCGUGUCCCGCCGCGCGCUCUACCUGCUCGACCAGGGCUGGCCGGUCAUCCUCAGCGAGUUCGGCGUCGACAACCGCGGCGGCAACGUCAACGACAACCGCUACUACGGCUGCGCCGCCGCCGUCGCCGCUGACCUCGACCUGGACUGGGCGCUCUGGACGCUGCAGGGGAGCUACUACCUCCGGGAGGGCGUGCAGGACCUCGACGAGGUCUACGGCGUGCUCGACCGGGCAUGGUCCGGGCCCCGCAACGCCACCGCGCUCCGCAGGGUCCAGGCCCUGCAGCGCCCGCUCAGAGGGCCUGGCUACGCGGAGGCGGCGCCGUACGAGGUGCUGUUCCACCCGGCGACGGGGCUGUGCGUGGUGCGGUCGUCGCUGACGCGGCCGCUGGAGCUGGGCCCGUGCGGCGAGACGGAAGCUUGGACGUACGCGCAGCAGGACGGGCGGCUGACCCUGCGGGACAGCCCACUGCUGUGCCUCCACGCCGAGGGCGCCGGCCGGGCCGUGCGCCUCGGCCUGCCGUGCCCCGACGACCGGUCCCACUGGCGCCUCCUGUCGGACUCCAAGCUGCACGUCGCCGCCAACGCGUCCUCCUCGUCCGCCUCCGGAACCGGCAUGCUCUGCCUGGACGUCGGCGCCGACGGCCGGAGCGUGGUCACCAACCCGUGCCGGUGCCUGAGCGGGGACAGCAGCUGCGACCCGGAGAGCCAGUGGUUCAAGCUGGUGAGCAGCACCAGGAGCGUCGCCGCCAGGGAAAUGCUGCUCGCGCAGCUGCCCAUCAAGCUCCAGAGUACCAAGAUUCGCUCUCUUUGAUCACUACCAGUAGCCAGUAGCCCCGAGAGAAUUGUACAGGGCAUCGUACGUUGUAGUAGCUGCGAAGGCACAGGGAUGAGAGACUCUGCUCUCGAAUCGGAGUAGCAUCCUUCAAAGUUCAGAUAACUGAACGUUCGGCCACUCGAGCCUGGAGGGCCCAAGCUUGUGAAA